AUGAGUGAUAAUUCACCUUGCUUUCCCUUACCUAGUAGGACCUUCCACCAGCCAAAUUUUCACCACCCUAAUGGUAAUUUUCGUCCUAUAAGAACUGAUGGUAGUCAUCAUUCUCAAGUUAUGCAAAGGGCAAUCAUGAGAGAAAGGUUUCCGACUGCUGGUACGCUUGAUGUAGUACAAAAAGUCACAGGUAAACGAAAGCAGGGUUACGAUUCUGAUGAUUCUAUGAGUGAUAAUAAAAGUCCACCUAGUUCUCCCUAUUUUAUGGAGAAAGACUAUGCUUCAGUCAAAAGAACAAAAAUGAUUGUCGAGGAAGAUUUCCCUUUAAGUAAACUGUUAGCAACGCUCGAUAAACCUCAAUUAUUGUCAUUAAUAAAUAACCUUAUCGAUUCCCAUCCAAACUUACAAUCAGAAAUCGCAUCAAAUAUUCCUCGACCGACAAUUCACUCUGUAACAAAUGUAUUAAAUAGUAUGGAAAAAAAAUAUCAAGAUAGCUUCCCUUAUACAAAAUGGGGACAAAGUAAAGAUGAUUAUAGCUUUAAUAGAGUUAAACCUGCCAUUAUGGAGUUAAAGGGUGCUAUUUUAGAUUAUGCUGCUCAUUUUACUUCGACCGAAGAAUUUCCUACUACAAAAUUUUCUUUCCUUCACUUGGCUACCUCUAUUACACAGCGAUUGCCUGAUUGGGACAAUCAUUUACAUAAUGAAAUCAAACGUGAUCUAUACAUUAAAUUGUCUGAAUGCUGGACGAAAACUAUUGUUGAUGCCGCUAGUAAAGUUAGCGAAGGAAAACUAUAUGGUCAAAUGGUCGUUAGUGAAUGGGCUAGAAAUUUGGCACAACACAAUCGAGAAUCUAAUGGUAUGUUCCAACAAGCCGUUAAUGAGUUUAUUGAUAAACUGGGAUGGAUUGCUGGUAUUCAAGUUGGAUCGAAUUCUUUGAUGUCAAAUCAUUCAUACUCUUUAUCAACUGGAAAUAAUGGAGGACAUCAUCAAUAUUCUGUGUUACCAGUCUAA